GAAUCCAAUAAUAAUAAUAAGUUAACUAGAGGUAGAAGACGCGAGAGCGCGUGAGGGAAGCAGGUGAGGUGAAGGGUGAAGAGUGAAGAGUGAAGUGUGAAGAGGCAGCAAUAAUGCAACGCGCAAGAUCGCUCCUAACAAGGUUUAAUCCAAUCGCAUACAGAUACAGAUACAGAUUCCAAAGCCGAACCCUGUGUUCUUCGAACGAGGAAGUUGUGGUUGUUGAAGGAAACGGUUACUCGAGAAUGGCAAUUCUCAACAGACCCACUGCUCUCAACGCCCUCAACACCUCCAUGGUGGCUACCCUCAGCAAACUUUACCGAUCUUGGGAAGAUAACCCCGACGUUGGCUUUGUCACCAUCAAGGGCAGUGGUCGGGCAUUUGCAGCUGGCGGUGAUAUUGUCGCCAUUUACCAUUUCAUCAACAGAGCCAACAUGGAAGCCUGCAAGGAAUUCUUCCGAACAAUAUAUCGUUUUAUUUACGUCAUAGGUACAUAUAUGAAGCCACAUAUCGCUCUUCUGAAUGGCAUUACCAUGGGUGGUGGAGCUGGAAUUUCAAUCCCUGGCACUUUUCGAGUUGCAACCGACAAAACUAUUUUUGCUACCCCUGAAGUUCUUAUUGGAUUUCACCCUGAUGCUGGAGCAUCUUUCUACCUUUCACAUUUACCUGGUCACUUAGGUGAAUACUUGGCCCUAACAGGGGAAAAGCUCAAUGGAGUAGAGAUGGUUACUUGUGGACUUGCUACACACUACUCACUAAGUGCAAGGCUCCCGUUAAUUGAAGAACAGCUGGGGAAAUUAGUUACUGAUGAUCCUUCUGUAAUUGAAACCACUUUAGAACAGUAUGGUGACCUUGUACAACCAGAUAGCAGUAGUGUACUUCAAAGGAUUGAAAUUGUAGAUAAAUGCUUUUGCCAUGACACAGUGGAAGAGAUUGUUGAUUCUUUGGUGAGCUUUACAUCUUCCGUUAAAUUUAAGUACCUCCAGCACAGCUUUAUGUUAGAAUUUCAUUUCUUCUGCUUUUCCUUGAGAUCAAUACGAGAGGGUAGAUUUCAGACUCUUGACCAGUGCUUGUCGCGUGAGUACCAUAUGACUUUACAAGCAACAUCUAAGCAGAUUUCUGGUGACUUUUGUGAGGGGAUAAGGGCUCGUGUGGUGGACAAGGACUUUGCACCAAAGUGGGAUCCUCCAACAUUGGAAAAGGUGUCUCAAGACAUGGUGGAUCAGUACUUCUCACCUCUAAGUGAAUUUGAACCUGGUCUAGGGCUCCCCACAAAAGUUAGAGAAGCAUUUUUGUAGUUUCUCUUUAUCUUGAAAUGCUUCAAAAGGUACAACCAUUGAUAUUGGUCAAUCUUGCUCUCCAAUAAACAAUCCUUUUGGAUAAGAGAGAAAAUUGGAGGAUUGAUGUCUCUGAAAGUGGCUCUCUGGAUGAACAUCUUUAGUCUUCGAAAAAGGAAAUGACGAAAUUGAUAUUCAUAUAAGCAAUUCUUAAUGUACGUCUUAGAGAGAUUUUAUUGGUACUGUUGCUACUAUUGCCUAGCAAUUAAAUAGGGGUCAAUUAAAUAGGGGUAUUUAUGGUUCGGAUUCGAUUCACAUAUUUGCGGUAUUUAUCCAAAUUAGAUCCAAAAAUUACGAAUAUUAAUCCGACUGCAUACUAAUAGGAUCUAGGAUCGCGGAUUUGAGGUAGGGUAUCAACAAAUCCGAUCCGAAUAUCUACAUAUCUCUGCAAAAAUAAAUAAAUAAAUAAAUAUUCUUUUUAUGAUUUA